AGAAGGAUCCUGAGCCUCGCACUCUGCCGCCCGCACCACCUUCCGCUGCCUCUCAGACUCUGCUCAGCCUCACACGAUGUCGUGCCGCUCCUACAGGAUCAGCUCAGGAUGCGGGGUCACCAGGAACUUCAGCUCCUGCUCAGCUGUGGCCCCCAAAACUGGCAACCGCUGCUGCAUCAGCGCCGCCCCCUACCGAGGGGUGUCCUGCUACCGAGGGCUGACGGGCUUCGGCAGCCGCAGCCUCUGCAACCUGGGCUCCUGUGGGCCCCGGAUAGCUGUAGGUGGCUUCCGAGCCGGCUCCUGCGGACGCAGCUUCGGCUACCGCUCCGGGGGCGUGUGCGGACCCAGCCCCCCAUGCAUCACUACCGUGUCGGUCAACGAGAGCCUCCUCACGCCCCUCAACCUGGAGAUCGACCCCAACGCACAGUGCGUGAAGCAGGAGGAGAAGGAGCAGAUCAAGUCCCUCAACAGCAGGUUCGCGGCCUUCAUCGACAAGGUGCGCUUCCUGGAGCAGCAGAACAAGCUGCUAGAGACCAAGUGGCAGUUCUACCAGAACCAGCGCUGCUGCGAGAGCAACCUGGAGCCACUGUUCAGUGGCUACAUCGAGACUCUGCGGCGGGAGGCCGAGUGCGUGGAGGCUGACAGCGGGAGGCUGGCCUCAGAGCUCAACCAUGUGCAGGAGGUGCUGGAGGGCUACAAGAAGAAGUAUGAAGAGGAGGUGGCCCUGAGAGCCACAGCAGAGAAUGAGUUUGUCGUUCUAAAGAAGGACGUGGACUGUGCCUACCUGCGGAAAUCAGACCUGGAGGCCAACGUGGAGGCCCUGGUGGAGGAGUCUAACUUCCUGAGGCGCCUCUAUGAAGAGGAGAUCCGCGUUCUCCAAGCCCACAUCUCAGACACCUCGGUCAUAGUCAAGAUGGACAACAGCCGAGACCUGAACAUGGACUGCAUCGUCGCUGAGAUCAAGGCUCAGUAUGACGAUGUUGCCAGCCGCAGCCGGGCCGAGGCUGAGUCCUGGUACCGUAGCAAGUGUGAGGAGAUGAAGGCCACAGUGAUCAGGCAUGGGGAGACCCUGCGCCGCACCAAGGAGGAGAUCAACGAGCUGAACCGCAUGAUCCAGAGGCUGACGGCCGAGAUUGAGAAUGCCAAGUGCCAGCGUGCCAAGCUGGAGGCUGCUGUGGCCGAGGCAGAGCAGCAGGGUGAGGCGGCCCUCAGCGAUGCCCGCUGCAAGCUGGCUGAGCUGGAGGGCGCCCUGCAGAAGGCCAAGCAGGACAUGGCCUGCCUGCUCAAGGAGUACCAGGAGGUGAUGAACUCCAAGCUGGGCCUGGACAUCGAGAUCGCCACCUACAGGCGCCUGCUGGAGGGCGAGGAACACAGGCUGUGUGAAGGUGUGGGCUCUGUGAAUGUCUGUGUCAGCAGCUCCCGUGGUGGAGUCUCCUGUGGGGGCCUCUCCUACAGCACCACCCCAGGGCGCCAGAUCACUUCUGGCCCCUCAGCCAUAGGCGGCAGCAUCACGGUGGUGGCCCCUGACUCCUGUGCCCCCUGCCAGCCUCGUUCCUCCAGCUUCAGCUGCGGGAGUAGCCGGUCGGUCCGCUUUGCCUAGUAGAGUCAUGGAGCCAGGGCUUCCUGCCAAGCACCUGCCUGCCUGCAUCACUGCACUGAAUGGCAUGUGAAUGGAAAAUGUGUGCUUGCUUCCAGAAUCUUCUGGAUGUUCCUACAGAGGGAAAGACCUACAGAGGGAAAGACCCUCGGGCCGCUCCCCUGCGCCUUUUCAUGCUAGGGAGAUGCAUCCUAGUUGUCCUCCUGGCAGCUGUUUUCAGAGGCAUUCCCAGCCCUCCACUUAACUCCUACUUAGCUCCAAAAUACCUGUAGCCAAUUUGUAUUAUUCCCCCAGCUCUCAGGGACAAGACCAGUCCCCCAGCGUGGUGGUCAGCACGGAAGCUCCACCUUCUGGGUGGAGGCGCCAUCCUAACCAUCCAGCCAGGCCACCCACAACCCGAGAAUCAGGGAGAAAGUCCCUCCCCAGCAGCCCCCUCAUCCUGGCUGGGAAGAAUGGUCCCCCAGCAAGCACUUGCCUGUUCAUUCCCAUUCAUGUUUUGCUUCUCUCUCAGACUGCCUUCCUGCUUCUGGGCUAACCUGUUCCAGCCAGGCUCCUCAUGUGACCUCGCAGUUGAGAAGCCCAUUAUCCUGGGGCAUCCUUUUGCCUACAGCCCCUGGUUAGGGCACUUUGGACAGGUCUUGCUAUUCAGUGCACCUUUGUACAUUUCAAAGAAGACUCCAUGGCUGCUCCAGAUGCCCCCUUGCUGGGUGCAGGUGGGGACUGUCCAAUGCAGAGCUGGCGGGACAGAGAGUUAAGCCACUUCCUGGGUCUCCUUCUUAUGACUGUCUAUGGGUGCAUUGCCUUCUGGGUUGUCUCGAUCUGUGUUUCAAUAAAUGCCGCUGCGAUGCAA